CCUGUCCCAGUAGUGCAGUCUGGCGCGGCGCUCCCUGCUGACAGGAGAAGGCCUCCUCUCCUCAGUGCCAGUUUUUUUUCUCCCGGAUAUUCGUUGGACCUUCCUCCAAUCAACAUCUUCAUCUUCACUUCCCAAGGUUUUUUUAGGCUGUACCAUUUCCAUCUAGAUCCAGGUUCACUCAUAUGAACAUACUCCGUUCUACACGCUCUGCUCUCCUGGACAAGGCUGAAUGAAUUAUUUUUGGAAGAUCUUGGCCUAAUGUGGGAGGAUGUAACAAUCAUAACACUUCCUUUACAUGAUUAGUAUGACAAAUUCUCUUCAAGGAAUUGUGGGCUAUUUGUUUUGGACCAUUUGACUCUGAAAUAAUUUGAAGGCAAUUUUUCAGUUUUACAAGUACACUGCAGACAACAAUGAAGUCAUAGGUUCAAGUCUUACUAAUUUGUACAGUUCUGAAGGUGGAUCACAUCAAUUUUCAUUUUAACCCCAAGGUCAUUCUGCAUUUUAUCCAUGGAUUCAAGCUUCUACCGUUGGAAGCAAGUUUUACAAAAAGAUUCCUCUUCAUAUCCUUCUGAAAGAACUCCUCUUCUUCCACCUAAGAAAAAAGGUCCAAUUUACAACUUGAAAAAGCAACGGGUAGUAUUUGCCAAUAACAGAAAAUUGGAAGGAGACUUCAAGAGAGUUUCCAGGUUUUACGAUGGAAACAAAAUCCAAACUACUAAAUAUAGUUUUUUAACAUUUCUACCAAAGAACCUAUUUGAACAGUUUUACAGGUCUGCCAACAUCUACUUUCUUUUCCUUGCAAUCUUGAACUGGAUGCCUCAAGUAGAAGUGUUCCAUAAGGAGAUCACGAUGGUGCCACUUGUCAUAGUGAUGCUUGUUAUUGCAGUCAAGGAUGGAGUGGAAGAUUAUAAAAGAUUCCUCAAUGAUAGGAAGAUCAAUAAGAGAAGAACAUAUGUAUAUAACAAGAAUGAGAAGAACUUUGUGGACAAGUGCUGGAAGGACGUCUGUGUUGGAGACUUUGUCAAACUGUUUAGCAAUGAGAUCAUUCCAGCAGAUAUACUUCUACUUUACUCAUCUGACCAAAAUGGGAUAUGUCACAUAGAGACUGCUAAUUUGGACGGAGAAACAAAUUUAAAGCAAAGACGAGUGGUCAAAGGAUUUACAAACCAAGAAUCUUUUGAUCCCGAGUCCUUUAAAUAUACUAUUGUAUGUGAGAAGCCAAAUAACAAUCUCAGCAAAUUCAAAGGUUAUAUGGAUUUGACUAAUGGACAACGCACAGGAUUUGGCACAGAAAGUCUUCUUCUUCGUGGAUGUACAGUCCGAAAUACAGAGGAAGCCAUUGGAGUUGUUGUCUAUGCAGGGCAUGAGACCAAGGCGAUGCUGAACAACAGCGGUCCACGUUACAAGCGCAGCAAACUGGAAAGACGGAUGAACAUCAAUGUAUUCUUCUGUGUUGGCCUCCUUGUCGUCAUGUGCCUCAUUGGAGCUAUAGGUCAUGGCCUUUGGUAUCGCAAGUUUGUAAUACAUCCUUUAUUUGAUGUUCCGAAUCCUGAUGGAGGCUAUACCGCACCAGCUCUUGCUGCUUUUUACAUGUUCCUUACUAUGAUUAUCCUGCUACAGAUCUUGAUUCCAAUUUCUCUGUAUGUAUCAAUUGAGCUAGUGAAACUUGGUCAGAUCUACUUUAUACACAAGGACAUUGAUCUUUAUGAUGAAGAAAUCGACUUAUCUGUGCAGUGUCGGGCAUUAAACAUCACAGAGGAUCUUGGACAAAUCCAGUAUAUCUUCUCAGACAAAACGGGGACUUUGACAGAGAAUAAAAUGGUCUUCCGCAGAUGCACAAUUGUAGGAAAUGAAUUCUCCCAUCAGGAAAAUGCAAAACGUCUGGAAACGUACAAGGAAGAAGAUUCUGAUGAUGAAGAUUUGAUGAGAAUCAGAAACUUUCCUUUGCAUAUCAGAACUGAGGAAAACCAGUCCACAAUGAGGCACAAAGGCACCAGGGCUCUAAGACGGUGCCAGAGCGCACGACCAAAUAUCCAAGGGCACUUUAGAAAAAAAUCUGAAGGACGUUUUGACAUCUCCCAAGUGGCUUUUAGCAGUCCUAUUGAGAAAGAUGUAACCCCGGAUCAGAUGCUGUUAAAGAAGGUCAGGGAAGCAUCAGUCCACAUUGAAACUCUGUCUCCAUUUAAGCCACAAAGCAGCUCCAGACCUUUAAGUUCUCCAUAUAUUGAUUUCUUCCUGGCUUUGGCCAUCUGCAAUACAGUAGUGGUGUCGACAGCAACUGAGCCAAGGCAAAGGGUUACCAUGACGCCAUUGCUUAAACCAUCAGCAUCAUCUUUGGAGAAAUUUCAGCAUUUGUUCCAGAGGCUAAAAAUGUUGCGUCUCAGCCAGUCUUCCUCUGCUACUCCUUCUAGUUCUAACCCUGCAACUCCAUCCAGUUUGAAGAAGAACAAAGUUAGUCCAGCUGGCACUCCUUGUUCUAGUUCAGGAGAAACUGAAAACCAAAGUGAUGGGAGAGAGGAUUCUUCAGCAAGCAAGAACGGCUCUGACAACUGUAUUGAUGACAUGUUUCAGACUGUUGGCACGUUUCAUAUUGAAGACGAGUUCUUAUAUGAGGCAGAGAGUCCUGACGAAGCUGCACUAGUGCAUGCUGCAAGAGCAUAUAGUUUCACCUUAAUGUCCCGCACCCCUGAGCAGGUGACCAUACGGCUUCCACAGGGUACCCUUCUCACCUUUGAUCUUCUCUAUACCUUGGGCUUUGAUUCUGUCAGGAAAAGAAUGUCUGUGGUGGUUCGUCACCCAAUAACAAGAGAGAUAGUUGUUUAUACCAAAGGAGCUGACUCUGUGAUCAUGGAUUUAUUAGAUGACCCGGUUUGUGAAACUAAUAUUAGUGAGGGCAAGAACCUGCGGAGGAUCCAGUCAAGAACACAGAGGCACCUUAAUUGGUAUGCCAGAGAUGGACUGCGAACCCUGUGUAUAGCUAAAAAGGUUUUGAGUGAGGAAGAUUUUGAACGUUGGUCAAAUUUCCGUGAAGAAGCCGAAGCGGCGAUUGAUAACAGAGAAGAAUUGCUUAUGGAAACCGCUCAGCAUCUGGAAACUAAUCUGACUCUGCUUGGUGCAACAGGCAUAGAAGAUCGUCUUCAGGAGGGCGUUCCAGACACCAUUGCUGCCUUGAGAGAAGCUGGCAUCAACAUCUGGGUGCUGACUGGUGACAAACAAGAGACCGCCGUUAAUAUUGCUUACUCUUGCCAACUCCUGGAUCAGAGCGACACGGUUUUCACAAUCAACACUGAGAGCAAGGAAACCUGUGAGUCUAUUUUGGACUGCACUCUCGAAGAGGUCAAAAAGUUUUCCCCUGAGAAAAAGAAGAGGUGGUGCUUUAAAAAACGAAAGACAGAAGACACUUGUGACACAACCAUGGCUCGUCCUGAGGUCGGACUGGUCAUCGAUGGAAUUACAUUAACCGUAAUCUUCCAAGGCGGUUUGGAAGAAAAGUUUUUGGAGUUGACUACGUAUUGUCGUUCUGUCCUGUGCUGUCGUGCUACACCUCUACAGAAGAGUAUGGUGGUCAAACUGGUGCGCAGCAAGCUGAACGUCAUGACGCUUGCUAUAGGUGAUGGUGCAAAUGAUGUCAGUAUGAUUCAGUGCGCAGACAUUGGGAUUGGGAUUUCUGGCCAAGAAGGCAUGCAGGCUGUUAUGUCCAGUGAUUAUGCAAUAUCUCGCUUCAAACAUUUAAAGAAACUAUUGCUUGUCCAUGGUCACUGGUGCUAUACUCGACUAGCAAAAAUGGUCAUCUACUUCUUCUAUAAAAAUGUGGCGUAUGUCAACCUCCUGUUUUGGUUCCAGUUCUUCUGUGGCUUCACAGGUACUACGAUGAUUGACUAUUGGCAGUUGAUCUUCUUCAAUCUCUUCUUUACAUCUGUGCCUCCACUUGUUUUUGGAAUAAUGGACAAGGAUGUAUCAGCAGAAACACUCAUGAGUUUGCCAGAGCUUUACAAAAGUGGACAGCAGUCUGAGUCAUACAAGAUGUCUACAUUUUGGAUAGUCAUCCUGGAUGCUUUCUAUCAAAGUCUUAUCUGCUUCUUUGUUCCUUAUCUUACAUACUAUAGAUCUGGGAUUGAUCUUUUAUCAUUUGGCGCUACCAUAAACACUUCUGCCCUUUUUACUAUAUUACUCCAUCUUGCUAUUGAGAUAAAAAAUUGGACUUUAGUACAUUGGGUCACAAUGAUUGGAAGUGUUGCUGUCUAUUUUGCGGUUUCAUUGGCGUACACUGCCAUAUGUGUUUUUUGUGAAGUGCCAUCCCCGUACUGGAUACUGGAAAUGCAGAUGUCAGACCCUACAUUCUAUUUAGUCUGUAUUUUUACACCAGUUCUGGCCCUUCUGCCACGGUUCUUCAUCAAAGGACUCAAAGGUACAUGUGGUGUAACCCCUACCACAGAAGCUCAAAAACUGGAUAAACUGGGUAAAGAAGAACGGGAAUUCAAAAUCCAGGAAUGGAGGGACAAGCGUAAGAAUGAAAUUGCUUCAGACCUUUUCGACUCCACCGUUAAUUGCACAAAUGGUUUACCUGCAACUCCAGAAAGGGUGCUUCACAAUGUAUGCUCACCUAACCAUGGGGACAGCAGUUACAAUCCUCCCAGGGACAUGGAUAAUGCAAUAUCACCUCUUGCACGACCGGUAGCUCCAUCUAAAGGGGUUGAAGAUCUCUUAAGAGAGAACGACGAGGACUUCAGCAGAUCAAACCACCGCAGGUCUAUUAGUACGGUCACUGUUUAAAGACAGAUGUUAUUUGGAGAUUGUGUUAUAUCUCCCAAUUUAUAUGUAUAUAUUGUUCAGAUGCUGCGUAACCCAUAUUGGGGAAAAAAGAGGUGAAAUUUGCCUCCACCUUCAACUGUGAAGUUGUUUUACACACUGGAAACCAAUUUGAUAAAUUUUUGUGACUGGUGCAUUACAGACUUUUUAUGUGAAGGAAAAUGAACUGAUGAUAACUGUGGACCCUUUUGGACACUGUUUCCUGUCCAACCUUUGGUCCUUUCCAUACAAAGUGGAACAUCAUCAUGGACAACCUGCAUCACAAGUUUACAAUUUAAUAUUUUCUACCAACGUGCUAUUUGCAUUACACAUGGGCUGCACUUGACCAUGAGUCACUCUACCCAUCAUCCAUAGUCAGAAGAUGGAUGUAUAUAAAGGCAGGGGCAUUUGUAUUCUGUGCAAAGAAAUUUUACAUGUUUCCUUAGUCAUGUGUGAGUGUGAUUUCAUUAGUCUUACUUAUUUUAACGAUGUAUGUCACAUUCCAGAAUCAGCAGUUCAGGUGAAGUAAAAGAGGACUUGUCAGUGGACAUUAUGUCAGCUGUCGGUAUGUCAGUAAGCUCAUUUAAGCCCCAAAGCCCUAGAUAAAUGUGUCCAAAGAAUCAGGGUUGGGGCUAACACUUUAUUGAAUGUAUUCGCACCCCUGAGUUUUGACAUCAUAAGGUGCUAUAAUGUAAAGUGGACGUGUCCUAGUGGGAGAUUUAGUUUACACAGUCCUGAAACUCAUGCCAAAUGUAUGUGCCAAGUGAAUGAAAUGUGGCCUUCCCUGCAUGCCACAAAUGCCAACUUCUAUUUUAACUGAAUUUUAAGAAAAUAGUCUUUAUUAGAGCUGCCAUGAACAAGAUCAUAGUAUGAGUGUGUAUGUGUGUAUAUAUAUGAUAUUAGAUAGUUACCUAGUUCUUUUCAAUUUAUUUAUUUAUUUUUAGUUUUACUUUUGUGGCACAGCAGAAUCAAUACUUGAAAUCCCGUAUUUAGUUCACUUAUAAAAAUACAAUAACAGAACAAACAAUGUUUUAUAGUUUUUUUUUAUUUAUUUUUUUAACAUAGCUUGCCAUCUCCUCUUACUGUACAGAUGUUUUUUUUUAGUACUUGUAAUUUUUAGUAAAUUAAUAUUGCUUAUUAACCGCAGUAGAUGCAUUACUUUUGAGUUAGGCUCAGUUCACAUUGAAUUUAUUUCCACUCUGUUGGGGUUGAGAUGUCUUUAAAGGCAAGAAUAUUGUAGUUUGCGGUGGUAUUCUUACCAUUAAAAACAUUGUAAGUCAGAAUUUUUGGGAUCCAUGUGAAAUUGAGUCUGCCAUUGCUGGUAGUGUUGAGCGAACUUCUGUUUUCAAGUUCGGUGUGCAAGGUUCAGG